AUCUCCCCGCAGCUCCGUCCAUUUGAAACCCCCGGGGCGCUGCAGAGACCCCUAGGCUCUCGUCGUCGACGAAAACGCCGAAACCCUAACCCUAACCCUGAUUCUCCAAUCCCGUCCAACCAUGGCGAGUCUCUCGUCCUCCCUCGGCAGCCACCUCAACGCCGCCGCCGCCGCCGCCGCCGCCUCCCUCUCCCCGAAACCCGCCACCUCUUCGAAAACCCUACCUCUCCCUAAGAAUCGCGUCGCGUCAAUGGCUAGCUCAUCCUCUCCUUCGGCGAAUUGGGCGCUGGAUAGCUGGAAAUCGAAGAGGGUGCUCCAGAUCCCGACCUAUCCUAACCAGGAGGAGCUCCAAUCAGUGCUUCGGACCCUGGAAACGUACCCGCCCCUUGUUUUCGCGGGGGAGGCGAGGAAGUUGGAAGAGAAGCUUGCGGAGGCCGCCAUGGGAAGGGCCUUCUUGCUUCAGGGCGGAGACUGCGCCGAGAGCUUCAAGGAGUUCAAUGCGAACAACAUUAGAGACACUUUCAGGGUUUUGCUGCAGAUGGGAGUCGUUCUUACCUUCGGAGGACAGAUGCCCAUCAUCAAGGUUGGAAGGAUGGCCGGCCAAUUCGCUAAACCCCGGUCCAGUUCAUCUGAAAGUAGAGAUGGCGUGACACUCCCUAGCUAUCAGGGCGAUAACAUUAAUAGUGAUAUUUUCGAUGAGAAAGCUCGCCAGCCUGACCCGACGAGGUUGCUUAUGGCAUAUAGCCAAUCAGCAGCUACUCUCAAUCUUCUCAGAGCAUUUGCUACUGGUGGCUAUGCAUCAAUCCAGAGAGUUACACGGUGGAAUCUUGAUUUUGUAGAGCAUAGUGAACAAGGAGACAGGUAUAUGGAACUUGCACAGAGGGUUGAUGAUGCUAUUGGGUUUAUGGUAGCAGCUGGUCUGACGGCUAACCAUCCUAUAAUGACGACGACUGAUUUUUGGACAUCACAUGAGUGUCUUCACCUUCCUUACGAGCAGGCAUUGACAAGGGAAGAUUCAACCUCUGGCCAAUAUUAUGAUUGUUCAGCUCACAUGCUUUGGGUCGGUGAGAGGACUCGACAACUGGAUGGUUCCCAUAUUGAAUUUCUUCGUGGUGUGGCCAACCCGUUAGGCGUAAAGGUGAGUGAUAAACUUGAUCCAUCUGAGCUUGUCAAAUUAUGUGAGAUCUUAAACCCUCACAAUAAGCCCGGAAGGCUAACACUUAUCACGAGAAUGGGUGCUGAGAACAUGCGGGUGAAGCUUCCCCAUUUGAUUAGAGCUGUGCGGCAAGCUGGGCUUAUAGUUACGUGGGUUAGCGAUCCGAUGCAUGGGAACACCAUGAAGGCUCCAUGUGGUUUAAAGACGCGCGCAUUUGAUGCAAUCAGAUCUGAGCUCCGGGCUUUCUUCGAUGUUCAUGACCGAGAAGGAAGCUACCCAGGAGGCGUUCAUCUCGAGAUGACCGGUCAGAAUGUAACUGAGUGCAUCGGUGGAUCAAAGGCGGUCACAUUUGAUGAUCUGAGCUCCCGAUACCACACGCACUGUGAUCCCAGGCUUAAUGCUUCGCAGUCAUUAGAAUUGGCUUUCGCCAUUGCCGAAAGACUCAGAAAGAAGCGGAACGGGACAUGGGCUAAGUGGAUUUCCAGUGAACAACCUCGAGUUGCUGUUCUUUGAGAGAGCCACCAUGGUCAUAUUUAAAUGUUUUGUGAUGCUUUGUCUGUUUUGGUCUUGUACUGUUUCGACGCACGUUCUUUGUUUACUUACUAUCUUGUUUCCUUACGUAGCUUUCCACGCUGAUAAUGUUCAAGAACAGGAUUGGUUUGUUCUGUACUUUGGAGGAGCCUUCACUAGAAUUAGCAUUUACCCAAGUAACAUUUUUUGCUUAUA